GGGCUGGAGUCCAGACAGGGGAGAGCAAAGGGAAAACAAAUCCACCAGCUGGUGUGGAUGAGAAGCUACCAAAACAUGAGCGAGAACAGGCUUCUCAAGAAGAUUCUGUCUACUCAAAAAUCUUUAUUCUUUUUUUUUUUUAGUUGAGAAGCUAGGUGUCUGCCAUUUCUAAUUAUUUUAUUUAAAGGGAAACAAGUGAAUCGAAAAUGAGACUAAAUAUUGCCAUCUUUUUUGGGGCUCUCUUUGGUGCUUUGGGAGUUUUUCUCUUUUUGGUGGCUUUUGGAUCAGAUUAUUGGCUUCUUGCAACUGAAGUGGGGAGGUGUUCAGGUGAACAGAAUAUAGAGAACAUCACUUUCCAUCAUGAAGGAUUCUUCUGGAGAUGUUGGUUUAAUGGGAUUGUGGAAGAAAAUGAUCCUGAUAUCUGGAAGUUCUGGUAUACCAACCAACCAUCAUCAAAGAACUGCACCCAUGCUUACCUGUCUCCAUAUCCCUUCCUGAGAGGCGAACACAAUUCUACUUCUUAUGACUCUGCAGUUAUAUACCAUGGUUUCUGGGCAGUGCUAAUGCUUCUGGGAGUAGUAGCUGUGGUGACCGCAAGUUUUUUGAUCAUCUGUGCCGCCCCCUUUGCCAGCCAUCUUCUCUAUAAAGUUGGAGGAGGCUCCUUUAUUGCUGCAGGCCUCCUGUUUUCCCUGGUGGUGAUGUUGUAUGUCAUCUGGGUCCAGGCAGUGGUUGACCUGGAAAGCUACAGAAACAUGAAAAUGAAAGACUGCUUGGACUUCACCCCUUCUGUUCUGUAUGGCUGGUCAUUUUUUCUGGCCCCAGCAGGGAUAUUUUUUUCUUUGUUAGCUGGGUUACUAUUUAUAGUUGUUGGACGGCAUAUUCAGCUACAUCACUAAUGAAACUGUUGUCUCCAGCAUUUUCUUGAGAGAUUGUAAACAGCACAUUUAUUUUUCAUUUUGUUUCAGUGAUCCCAGCAUAGACUUAACUGAUUUAAUUCUUCAGUUGCUAUUUAACCCUUUUGCUUGUGAUUUCCUCUAACAAGAAGUCCUAGAAUUGAUCUACACACAGACAUAUUUCUAUGUUAUCUAAGUGCUAUCAAGAACCUAGUUUUUUAGGGAGCAUGCACCCCCCUUUCAUUGAACUUGUUAGAGCUCAUGCAGGUGGCAGAGGCCUAAUAAUAGCAUAAUACCACCACCUGGGCCAAAUCAAGUGUUGAUUUAAAGCUUCCUUGACAUUCACUUCUGCUGCUAUUUAAAAAAAAAGAUCUUUGGAGAACAAUUAAGAAUGGAAAACAAAUGCUGUGGUAUAAAUUACUCCAUUUCUUCACACACGUAUAUAGCCACACACACAUUUACAGUGAAUGUGUGAGCAAAUUAUUAUUCAUUAUUUAAAAACAGAUAGCAGUUGUUAUUGUAGCAGGAGUCAUACAAACUGAUCAGUUACAAUGGGUCCCAAUAAAACUGAGAACAUGUACUUAUUCUGCUUUCUUAACAACAGCAGUUUGGUUACUUAAUUUUAUUUAUUUAAUUGUGCAUGCUUACAUAAACCUUACACAAUAUUUAAAAGUAGCAAACCUGUGCACCAAAUUAUAUGUAAUGCAGAUUGGAUUUUUAUGAACUUAAAAUGGUUAAUUAUAUCUAUGUAAUGUGGUUGAAAAUAUGUAAAAAAAAUAGCACCUUAGCUUACUACAUAGUCCUACUUAAUAUUUUAAAAUUCUCAUUUAAAAAUUGUAUUUCUACUAUGUUCAGCAUUUGAAGAUUUAUUAAUGAAAGGUGCUUUUAAUAGGCACUAACUGUAAAUUUUCAAAAUACUUCAUAUGGGGAUGAUAGUCUUGCCUUAUUAAAGACUUGACAUAUUAACUUUUCACAGUAUUUUAUGGGUUGUAGUUCUUCUGAUCAUUUGAUUCCCUUAAUCAUUGCCCUUCAACUUUUUUAUCCUUACAACAGAUGUACUCACAUUUACAGGUCUGCUAUUUCUUUUAAUCUCUCCAAAGAAAACUUUUUGCUGGGACAAGGGGGAGAAUUCUUUAUUAUUUACUAGCCCAGACAUUCUGCACGUCAAAGAUGUUUCUUUGGCACUAAUUUUGAUUGAAAUCAAAUCUGUCUGAGAAACCUUGGUUGUUUUGCAUUUGGAAGCCUUCCCUGCUGAGGAAGUUGGUGUUAAUGAAGAAACAGAAAUGGCAUAGUAUGCUAACUUUGUUCCGGAGCAGCUUUUUGCUCCACAGCUGUCAUGAAUACCGAAGGCACGACUCAGACGCAAAUUAACAGUGACCAUCUAGAAGAUGUGUGGAUAGAGGGACGUCUUUCCAUCCAUCUGUUCCCAUGGUGGAGAGAUUGCCAGAGUCUUCUCGUACAUCUUGUACUUUCCAUUAAACCUUGUAUCAAUGGGAGGGAGCUCUGGAGGAUUAGCAAAGAUCUGAGGUAUCUGCAGAAUCAUGAAGGCAUUUUAGUAAUUAGUGACAGACCUUGCCUGUAAUAAAAUAACAACACUUUAGGGAUUUAACUAGUUUCUUAAACUAUUUGGAUGAUUUGUGAUAUUUUGUCUUUUUCUGUUUUUUCAUUUUUAUAUUGAUUCAUUGAUUUCUUUGCUUUCUGCUUGAUUAUUAGAAAACAUAAUUCUGGGUUCCUUUAUUCAUAUUGACUGUGAUAUUAAGUUGUGGCAUGCCAUUAAGUUUUCCAGAUGAUACUAGAUGUAUUUGAUUAGUUCAUGACAUCUGUAAAUACAAUUCCUUUUUUUUGUAGAACUUUGAAUGGAGCCUUUUUCUGGUGUAUUAUGUGUCAUUUAAAUUUCACGUCCAAGUUGCUUUUA